AUGCGCCUGCAGCACCUCACUCCGCCACCCAACCAAGGGCUUCUUGAUGCUCUGGAAAAAUGUGGAAUCCGUACCGACGUCGACUUGCUCUUUUCCGACACUCCCAUGAACACCUUCAAGAAACUGCCCACGAAAACCAUCAGCCUCCACGACUUCAACCAACUGAUUUCCAAAGUGACCGAGCAAGCUGCGGUACCAGGAAUUCGUGGAGACGAGCUUCUUGAAGCCUUGAGAAGACGGCAGGAAGAGGACUUUCACGGCGAAAUCACCACUGGGGUCACAGCGCUAGACAAGUUGCUCGGUGGCCUCAACCCACCUCGGGUCAUCGAGGUUUCUGGAGAUCGGGGCUCUGGAAAAACGGCAUUUGCGCUGCAAGUUGUUCUGCGCCACCUCUCCAGCGUAUAUGAUGCUGCCGCCCUCUGGAUCGAUACUACAGGUGACCUGGCUAUUGAUAGGAUAUCUGACUUGCUAGAGUCAUAUAGAGGUGAUGCGAAGGCAACAGUCAUGGAUAGGCUGCAGAUCGCUCUUGCAUUUGACAUCGAGGCUGCACACGAAGUGCUGGAGAGCUUACGUCUUUCUCUAAGUCUCCGCAUCCAGUCUGAUCCAAAACCGCAUCCAAUGACCCGCAUAGUGGUGAUAGAUGCGAUUACUCCUCUCAUCGGACCGCUGUUGAGUGCUGUGUCUUCACAAGGCCACGCCAUCAUGACCACCUUCAUGCGCCAGCUCCGCAGCCUCGCGGAAUCAUUCUCUCUCCUCAUACUGGUCAUCAACACAUCCACCAAGUGCCUACCUCGAAACCCCGACUCUGCGUUCAUGUCCACAGACAGGAAGCCCGCCCUGGGACCUUCCUUUACCUUUCUGACAGAUACAACGCUGUGGAUUUCUCAGACGGACGAUGUCGGCGAGGAGGCUGAUGGUUCGACUAUAAGGCACGUCGCGGAGGUCUUCCGUUCGAGACACACGGCCUCCAGGACCUGGUGCUCGUUCAAUCUUCGCCAAGGCAUGCUGACAGAGUAG